AUGACAGGAGCGUGGAGAGUACGUUUAGUUUCAAACCGACCGGGUACUCCUGUGAGACGCCGCCGCAGAACUGUUUCUGAUUCUUCACUCAACACUGAUCGCUUUUUGACACAAGUUGAGCGGGACGCCCUUGGACCUGUCAAGCCAAGAUCGAAUACGAGUGUUUUGCCACCUCUGGUUGUUCUCGACAAUCCAGACGAAGAUCGCAUCGAAAGACUACGAGAACACUGCCAGUGCACAAUCUGCUUGGACUUGCCCGAAGAAAAUGAUGCGAUCUAUCAGUGUCAAAUGGGCCACAUUUAUUGCCAGUUUUGUUUAGCUCGACUGAUCGCCGACGGGGUCAUAAUUGGAGGUGGUGCACACUGCGCCACUUGUAGAAGUACCUUAGAUUGGAAACACGUCGUUAGGGUUCGAGCGAUUGAAAUGAUGGCCCGAGAGUUGCCCAAGGACUGCGAAUAUUGCAAUAUGACAGUUCAGAAUACAACGAUGAGUGCCCAUAGAGAAGUCUGCGCUUUUAAAACCAUUGAAUGUGAUUACAAAUGGGCUGGCUGCACCUGGAAGGGCAGACGAGGCCAAUCUUUGGAGCAUAUUGGAACAUGUGAUGUUGGGCAAAUGCCACUUUCUCAAACGUUAGAGAGCGCGAAAUCCGCCAUCCAGUUGGUCAAAAACAAAGGCAACAAGGUGCAGCAGUUGCUGAAGCUUUACACAAGUGCCAACUGCUGGAUGCAAGAUAUCUAUAUGAAAGCGUAUCGAGUGAGCGAGUAUGGCCCCGGAAAACUUCGCUUUAUAUCUCCCGAGUUUGUCGCUCUUGAUAUAAGUUGGCAGAUGACUGGAACGAUCGUUUCGGUGGAAAAAAAUCCAUCCAGGCCAACUCAUGGCGAAGAUCGCUCAGUGGAAAUUCAGUUAACAGCGCGGGGGCUUUCUUACGACGAGGUGCGAUCAAUUAACUUCAUCAUUCUGAAGUCGCCUAAAAGCAUCGUGGAAAUUAUUCCAAGCCAGCAUAAGCACCGCUUUGAUCACGAAUCCCCCUCUUCCGAAAAAUACAAAGUCCAUGUCAAGGAGAAUUCCGACUAUAAUCGCCUUAUUGGGGCACAGGGUAUUUAUCUGCGCGUUGUUCUGUUUGAAGACCGACGGGCAUCCAAUAACAACGCCGAGAUCGAUUACGACUCCUUCGUUGCUAAUCUUCCUACGAGUAUCGAUCCUGUGCUUUAG